CCUCGCUCUUUGCCCCUGCUGCUCAAACCUAAGCCCUCGAACCUCCUUCUUCUUCUUCUUCGUCGUUCGUCUCCGCUGCGGACGAGAGGAAGGGAGAACACCGCGAGAAGCGCUCGAUCUCCACCGCUGUCGCUCCUUCGAUUCGACAGCAUCAGCUGUUAUUUCGUUGUCUAUUUCCACCCAAAUUACUGUGGAGAAUGGCCAGCAAUCCACAGUCCUCUGGGACACAGCCUUUUAGGCCUGCAGUAGUGGGGCCUGCUGGCCCACCUCAAAAUUUUGUCCCCCCUAUGCCUAUGCAGUUUCGAACAUUGGUUCCACCAACGCAUCAGUUUGUCCCAGCAGCCUGUCAGCCAUUCCGGCCUGUUGCACAAGGAAUGCCUGGACCAAAUGUUGCCAUGCCUACUGGUCAAACACAAAUGCCCCAUUUUCCUCAAUCACAGCAUUUGCCUCCAAUAUCAGGCCAACCAGGUCAAGUGCUGCCAUCAUCACAAGCAAUUCCAUUGCCGUAUGUUCAAGCAAGUAGACCUAUUAUAUCUGGGUCAUUGCCACCUCAACAGAAUGCUCAGGUGACAAGCAAUGUGCCUAAUUUUCCCAGUUUAGGAAUGCCUCUUUCUUCAUCUUAUACGUUCAUGACAUCUUAUGGUCAGGCACCAAAUAGUAUAAAUGCUCCAUCCCAGUUUCAACCAGCAUCAAUGAUGCAGACUCCUGCCCCUUUAGUAGCACAACCCUGGUCUAUGCCUGGAACUCAAAGCAUGCCUCUUGUUACCCCUUUGAUCCAAACUGCACAGCUACCUGCAGCUGCUGCUGUGAUGGCUCCAGCACAAACUGUCCAGCCUAGCUCUACUGAACAGAUGUCUUCUGAUUGGCAAGAACACACAUCUGCAGAUGGUAAAAGGUAUUAUUAUAAUAAGAAGACCAGGCAAUCUGUCUGGGAGAAGCCACUUGAGUUAAUGACACCUACUGAGAGGGCAGAUGCAUCAACUGACUGGAAGGAAUUCACUGCUGCAGAUGGUCGAAAAUACUACUAUAACAAAGUCACAAAGCAAUCCAAAUGGACAAUGCCUGACGAGCUCAAGCUAGCUCGAGAACAAGCAGAGAAGUCUGCAACUCAGCCAGCACCAAAAGAAACAGGGACCACUGUUGUAUCAGUUGCUUCAAGUGUUCCUUCUGUUGAGACACCUUCUGCAAGUGCUUUGGCUCUUAAUGGACCAGCAGCAGUAUCUAACGCCAUGCAGUUGCCAGUUGAUUCUGGUACCCAACCCCCGGCGACCUCUGUGGCACCAUCAUCCAUUGCUGUUGUAACAUCUGCUGGCAUCAAUUCUAGUUCUUCUGUAGGAACAGAAAACACAGUUGGUGUGUCAAAUCAUCAUGCACCUUUAACUCCAGUAAUCACUCCUGCUUCUGCGAGUAGUGAAUUUCCUUCUCUUUCUGUGGAUGCUCCAACCGCUGCAAUUAACAGUAAUCAAGACAGUUCAUCCCUUACAGAUUCUGCAAGUGUGCCUGAUGAAAUUUCUGCUCAGGAUCUUGAGGAAGCUAAAAGGACCAUUCCGGUUGUUGAGAAAACUAAUUUCACUCAAUUAGAAGAUAAAAUGGUUGAUGAAGGACAGUUCGUUUAUGCUAACAAGCUGGAGGCAAAAAAUGCUUUCAGGGCUUUACUGGAAUCUGCUAAUGUGGAGUCUGAUUGGACUUGGGAACAGGCAAUGAGGGUUAUCAUCAAUGAUAAAAGAUAUGGUGCUUUGAAAACACUUGGAGAAAGGAAACAAGCAUUUAAUGAGUACCUGGGCCAAAGGAAAAAACAGGAGGCUGAGGAGAGGCGCAUCAAGCAGAAGAAAGCAAAAGAAGACUUCACUAGAAUGCUAGAAGAAUGCAAGGAACUUUCAUCAAUGACUAGAUGGAGUAAAGCGAUAACCAUGUUUGAAGAUGAUGAACGAUUUACUGCAGUCGAGCGGUCAAGAGAGCGUGAGGAUCUUUUCGAGGGCUAUAUAGCGGAGCUCCAGAAGAAGGAGAGAGCAAAGGCUGCUGAGGCGCAUAAAAGAAACAUUAUGGAAUAUAGAGCUUUUCUUGAAUCUUGUGACUUCGUCAAGGCAAACAGUCAAUGGAGAAAAGUCCAAGAUCGUCUGGAGAGUGACGAAAGAUGUUCUCGACUUGAAAAGAUUGUUCGAUUGGAGAAUUUUCAGGAAUAUGUUCGUGAUCUGGAGAGAGAGGAGGAGGAACAGAGGAAGAUGCAAAAGGAACAGUUACGACGUGUAGAGCGCAAAAACCGUGAUGAGUUUCGUAAGUUGAUGGAAGAACAUGUUGCUGCUGGAGUUCUUACAGCUAAAACUCACUGGCGUGAUUAUUUCACACAGGUCAAAGAUUUGUCUCCUUACUUGGCAAUAUCAUCAAAUACAUCAGGUGCAACACCCAAAGAUCUGUUUGAAGAUGUUACUGAGGAACUUGAGAAGCAGUAUCACGAGGACAAGGCUCAAAUUAAAGAUGCAAUGAAGAUCGGAAAAAUUACAUUGGCUUCAUCAUGGACAUUUGAGGACUUAAAGACUGCUGUUGCAGGUAUUGAUAGUUUGAGAGGAAUAUCUGAGAUAAACUUGAAGCUGGUAUUUGAUGAGUUACUGGAAAGAGUUCGGGAAAAGGAGGAUAAAGAUGCUAAAAAGCGCCAACGUCUUGCAGAUAAUUUCUCUGAUCUGUUAUACUCGAUCAAGGAAAUAACUGCAUUUUCAAAUUGGGAGCAAUGCAGAUCACUUUUUGAAGACAGUCAGGAAUAUAGGUCAAUUGGUGACGACAAUUUUGGAAGAGAGGUUUUUGACGGGUAUGUUGCUCACUUGCAAGAAAAAUUGAAAGAGAAAGAACGCAAGAGGGAAGACGAAAAGGCAAAAAAAGAGAAGGAAAGAGAAGAGAAAGAAAAAAGGAAGGAGAAAGAGAAAAAGGAAAAAGAGAGAGAACGUGAAAAAGAAAAAGGAAAGGAUCGGGCUAGAAAGGAUGAAAUAGAGAGUGAUAUCAUUGAUGUGAUGGAUAGCCAUAGUUCGAAGGAUAAGAAACGGGACAAAGACAAAGAAAGGAAACACCGUAAACAUCAUCACACCAAAGCAGAUGAUAUAAGCUCUGACAAGGAUCAGAAAGAGGAGUCUAAGAAGUCCAGGAGACAUAGUAGUGACCGAAAGAAAUCCCGAAAGCAUGCUUAUGCUUCUGAUUCUGAUACUGAAAAUCGGCACAAGAGGCAUAAGAAGGAUAGAGAUGGAUCUCGGAGUAAUGAUGGUUAUGAAGAACUUGAAGAUGGAGAACUUGGCGAAGAUGGGGAAAUCCGUUAGUUCCUUUUAACUUUCUGCUCUUUUAGUGAUUUGUCAUGGUCUUAUCCUUUCUCUUACUGGGAAUUUUUAGGUUGUAGCUUUUUUAACUUUUUGUUGAUAGAUGUUAUCAACAGCUAAAUUUUGCUAAUACAUUGCUGCUGUUAAGUGUCUAAUGUUGUAUGAAAACUAUUUCUGUAGUUUCAUUAUUCUAUCCUGUUAAAAAGUGUCUCCUUUUGCCAAAACUGAAAUGAUUUCCAGAAAUUGCUGAAAGCAUAGUGAUGCCUUUGUAUUGACUUCACUGCUCAGAUGUAUGAGUUGUUCAUUGUUGUUUUGCCAUAUUGUUCUUUAUUUGUUCAUAUCAAGAUAAGUUUGACGAUAAUAACAACAAUGUUGCAAAGACAAAGGUGCAUUUUCUGUUUUAUUGUGUUGGUUAUCUAGUAUUUCAGGGAUUGGAUGUUUAAAUGCUCCAUGUUUAUGCAUGCCACUUAGUGCCUGUUUGGUUUGCACUUUGCGCAGACAAAAUCGUGAGAUGCAUGAACUUUUAUUAAACAUGUCAUACAUGGUUGCCUGCUUAAGUUCUCUCAAGAUCAUUAUUGCUGUUAUGUAGUCAGUCAUAACUGAAAGAAAAGUGCAUGGGUUGAUGCAAGUUAAAAGGUUUUGCAAGCUCCAUAACUUGGACAACUAUCUUCCUAAAAUUGAAAGUGUAUCAAUUAUUUUCUUUUUUCUUUAGAUAAUAUUUGUUACCAGUAUCUGACCUUACCAAUCAUUGUUGGCUACUAAUGCAAUCCUAUAAGCAUAUUAUGUUGCUCUGUUUGACCGAUGGUAGGAUCACCUUAAUGUUCCACAUGAUGGUCAUGGUUUGAGGGUUAUAAGGUGCUAAUAGCACCAAUAGAACAGAAUUCAUGUGUAUGCAUAUAAAUAGUUUGCAUCUGAGUUUUGAAGUCUGAGAGGAGUAUGCAAGACCUUGCUUCAACAGAACAAUCUGAAUGAGAUGCUGCAAUUUCAGAAACUUGUUCCUCAAUAUUUUUUUAUAAAAUGAAGUGUUCUACAUUAAUUUUGAUUUCCAUUUUUUCAGGUUUUAUAAUUCUUUGAAUAUUGUUUUCAUAUUUAUCAUUUUUUAUUUGAGAUUUAUAUUGCUUUUGUUUGCUAUAUUGUUAUUUUGUCCCAAAGUUAGGCAUGAAGCUUUUCAAACCUUGGUUUAACAUACCACCUGAAAUGGUAUUGUACGGGCGGUAUGUAUCGAUCCGAUAGCUGAUUGGAAUGCGAACCACCAUAUAUUGGGCGGUAUUGCAAUUUUGGGGGCGUGUCGAAUGCUACAUCCUUCAUCGAAAUUUGAUCGUCACUGGCCUGUACCGAUUGGUGCUGGUCGGAUUUAGAAUGAAAUCAAUCAAGAUGCUAGAUUGAAUUGGUUCCAAGGCCCAUUUAACCCCAUUCCUCCCUUCUUUCACCCUAUUUCAAUCUCAUAUUUUCUAACACUCUUUCUCACUCAAUCAUUCUCUCUUUUUCAGAAAUUCUCAAUCUUAUUCAAUAUCAACGGAAGAACUGUUCAAAACGUGCCACAAAGCUACUCAUAAACGUCCAGAAAAGAUAAAACCGCUAUUCCUUAUUUGGAUAUUUUUAUUGAAAUAUAACUAAAUUUGCAUUUAGUUCUAAUUAAAAUGCCCUAAUUUAUGGUUUUUCCUAAUUUUCAUGUAUUUUCAAAGAUUUUCUGAGCAUUUUUUGUAACUGUCAACAUGUUCUGACGUACCAUGUGUUGGUACACUAAUACAGAUCGGUACAUACUGGAUCAGCCAACUACCAGCACAGCUGGUCGGCACAAAAUUGCAGUCCUUGUUUCAAACCACCAAAGUUACUGGUUUUUAGCUCAUCUACCCUAUCUUUAACUGCUCCAAUUGAAUUUGGGACCUUGGUUUGUUAAUGCUACAAUUUUUGAUGUGAAUAAGGUAACAGGCUAAGUUGUUUUUUUAAGUACUUACCGGUAAGAAAAUAUGUCUCUCUUAUACUAAUCUGGAAAGGCAAAAAGUUGCAUAGGAUAACCAAGCAGUUAAAUUCAUCAUGUUUAAGAUCUUCCUGUCCUUGGCCCCACUUGCAUAUGUAAGUGCAUGUUACCAUGUGGGCCUUUGUGUACAAUUUCUUUGUUAUAUGACUCCGUAGUCCAUAUAUUUGGUGGGAGGAUUGCUACUGUGGCUUUAUGCCCAGCUGUUGAUGCACAAACCAGCCUGACCAGGCUCAAGUACCUGACAACUGAUAGACAAUUUGUUAGUUGUAGGCUGGAGCAUCCAGAGUUCAAGCAUUGUGCAUAGUAUUCAAUAAAAUUUUUCUAGUUUGCACUGUUAGUUUGUCUAAUAAUGAUAGUUGAUUGUGGCUGUAUGGUGGUAAUUGUUAAUGCUUCUUGGCCAUACUAGAAAAGCCAACGAUUUCUUGACAUUUUGUCUAUGUUCGCUCCUUUUUUCUUUUGCUUCGUUUCUUUGUUUGCAAUUUACAUUCUCAAGUUGGUUGUUUUGGUUUUAACAUUGUCGUAAGGCAAGGGUCAUGACUAUUUUUUGCUUGGUCCAUAUAAUUGUGAUGCUUUUCAUUUGCUUGCAACUUUAGCUUAUUUACAUAUUCAUGAUGGCUGUUAUACAUGUAAAGAUCUCUAGGUUUGAUUGAGCAAGUUUUUUAAAAAAAUAUCAAAACAUAGCUGUGGAAAAUCUCUAGGGUUGUUCUACAACCCUAGGAUUAGUUUCCAGUUCUGAUAAGUUCUGGGAUAUGCAAAUUUUCGCAUAAAAAAUUCCCUGCAAUUUGUCUAAUUUUGUUUGUGAUAGUGAGGAAAUGGCCAAGGGGAGUGCUGUAUGGAAAGUGAUUUCAUGAAGUUGCUCCAAAAUUGGGGCAGAUUUCCAAAAAAACAAGAAAUGCGUCUCUCUUAAAGAGCGGAAAGAAAGUGUCUGGGAUAAACUUUAGCUUCUAGGCAUUGAACACUUCGGCAGCUAUCAAGAAGUUACUUUAGCCUGGGAGACAAACCUUGGCAAUAAAGGGUUUUAGACCAAGCAGGACCUAAUUUGAAGAAUGACUUCAGUAUGAACCAAGAAAAGAAUAUGAAUGGACCAAGAAGUUCGUAACAGCAAAAGUUUUCAUUUAUCUUGUAUUUAUUAUUCAACAUGAGAGGAUGAUUGAAGAAAUUAUCACUGAUAGAGUUAGAGUGGGUUCAUUACAGUGAAUAGGGGCAUUGAGAAUGUAGUGUAAUCAUCCUGUACAUCUUAGACAAAUCUGAAAUUUUGAAAAGGUAGUUUUGACUUCUAUGGCUUGCCAUAAUCUAUGGAUUUCAAUGUUGGGUACAACAUAUAUGAAAAGAAUAUAGUGCUGUUGAGAUGGAUGUAGAAUUCGCAAUGUUUGCAUUUUUCAAACAAUUAGCAUUAGUCUCGAAUCUCAACCGAGGACAAAAUGAGGAAAAAUUAUAUAAGGCAUUUUCAACAUUUGAAAUAAGGAAAAAAUACAUGAGGUGGUUAUAACAUAUCUAAAUGAGACUUGUAAAUGCACUGAUAAGGUUGGUUUGUGCAAUUUAGAUUUGGUUUGAGGAAAGGUGGAGGAAGAUCUAACAUGCCUAUUAGAAAUGAAAAGAAAAUGAGAAAUCAUUUUCAUGGACCUAAACUUUGGUUUGUCAUGGACUUGGUGGACAUUUUCUCGAAUCUCAACCCAAGGAUAAUUUUGACAAAAUAAAAUAUCUUGGUGGACAUGUUGAUGUAAGAAUCGGAGCGAAUGCUUAUUCCAGUUUAUAGUAUAUGCAUGGUUUCUUGAAGAUAGACUUAGAAGUUUUGCAUUUGAGAGCAAUUAGGGACAUUGGAAGUACAUAUUGGUAUAUACUGGUCCAGCCAUCAAUAAUGGAUAAUAUUGGUAGCUAUCAGGAUUUCUUAUAAUUUAUUAUUUUUCGAUGAGACCAAGUAGUGCAGGUCUGUGUACCACCCGGUAUACCAGUCUUACUGGUUGUCAAAACUAGAAAUGAACCAAGAUUAAAAUCCUUGAAUAGGGAUAAUUUCUUUGGUUGACAACUUGAGUGAAAACCAUUUAAGAUGACUUGAACUUUUCCAAAGAGAACAUACAAUGCACCAUUUUGGUGGUGAGGUAAGUUAAUUCAAAUUGUUGCUACUAGGAGAGGUGGAGGAGGGGAUCCAAAAAGAUUUGAUUAGAAACAUAAAAAUAAUUUGAUAUUAUUGAUUUAAUUAGUGAUAUUUCUCUUGGGACCAAAAACUUGUAAUUUAGAUUGGGAAAAUUGAUUACAACUAGAUAGUGAUAGAGAAGAAUGCCGCGAAGAGAGUAAUGGAGGAGAUAAUCUGGUUUUGGAGUGAAGUAUCUGUUGACUGCUCUAUUCAUUGAGUUCUGAACAAUGAUGAGUGGAAUUGCUUUGUAAAUAUAUGCUGAUAGUUAGAUGGUGGUGCUUGUGACUCUCAGAUGUUGUUGGUGCAUAAGCAUCUUGUAAUUUUGAAUUUGGAAUGGAUCGUAUUGAAUUUAUCUAGAAGUGAUUCAUUUUCAGUGAAAAAUCAGCUUGGUGUCAUGUUGAGUGAUGAUUUGUUAUGGGCAAAACCAACUUGGUAUGAGCUUUGGCUAGUUUUAGAUAGUUUUACUGUACUCCAUUUUUGAGUGGUUGACUGAAAUUGAUUUGGUUGUACUUGGUUUUGGCCAAAAUUAAUUGAAACUUGUUGCAUACCAAUUUCCAAAAUAUCAUUGGCCUUAUAUAUAGCCUUUUGACCAAUUUUCUCUUGUUGGUUCUUGUCACAACUUAAGUUCAUUUGGUUCAGAUACUGAAGCAAUUUGGUUUUUAUUUAUCAGUAGCUCAUUUUUUUUGUUCCUUUCACAUCUAUAUCAGAUGCUGAAUUUUGGUGAAUUAUUUCAGAAUUAUUAGGACCAUGGCGUAGUGCUAGUAGCAAGUGGUAUGAAGAGUUGUCAUUUUUUGACCUAGGUGCAAAAGUUAAAUAUUAGCUAAAUAUUACUCUUAUAGACAUAAUUUCUGCUGGCAUGCUUUACCUUGUUUCUUUUCCAGAUACCUUACAAUUUAGAAUUUGUCUUUUAAUGCAGCUUAGGAGUUUGGUUUUGCAAAUUUUGGGAGCUCCUUACUAGCUUACUUACUGGUAUCAUAAUUAUGAUAAUAAUGGUAUAAUAAUUAUUGACCUGGCUAAGGCUUGGGUUGCUGGUCGGAUUGGUGGUUCGACUGUUCAGAUUGCAUAAGUAGUAGUUAAAAACAGUAAGUAUAUAAUAUCACGUAAGAAAUCAUUUGUGGUAUAUUUAUGGUUGUAUAAUGAUCAAAGAAACAAAAUUCUGCAAUGGUUUGAAGUGUACUUAAACUCAUGAAAAAAAUUGAAUUUGAUGUCAAAGGAAUCACAGAAAUUAAAUUUUGAUCCCUGACAUUAAGAUGCUCUGCUAAUUUUAAAAAUUAUAAGGUUUAACAGAGAAUGUAUAAUGAAAAUCACUAAAAGAACAGACUUUGGGGAUUAUGAAACUAUAAGUUUGUUAUAGAAUUUAAUUUUGUGGAAAGGUUCAUGCAUAGUAAGAGGGAUGAAAUCUCAAUAUCACAUCUUUUCCAGGUAAAGCUUAUUGCUUUGUUAUGGAUUAUAAUUAAACAGGACAGAUGGAUGGAUAACAGGAAUCCAAUUUCUGGAUUGAGAAAAUCCUGAAAGGAUGUAGUCAGCAAUCUUCUCAAAAUUAUUUACCACCAUCUGGAGUGCCAUCUGCUGGGCAAAAACAUGAACUGAUCAUUGGUAAGGGAUCAAGAUUUUGGAGAGCACCCUAAAAGACCCCUUGCCUCGCCAUUCGCCCAUGGACUUUACUUUCUUCACUUCCUUUCUGGUUUGCAGUGUGUCGGAAUAAUUGAUGCUUUUGAUGCAGUUGCUUCUAGCCCAAGGAAGAAUUAGACUGCAGGGAUAUAAAAGAUGAAGAGACAGUGGUUUGACGAUGUCAGCAACUAAGUGGCAUACUGGCAUUUGUUUGUGUGGCAGACUGAUAACAUAGGAGGAAUAAUUAGAUUGACGUGUCAUGAAAUUUGAAACUUGUUAUUUUGCCAGAAACGUAGAAGACUAAUAGAUUUAUUGCAACUGAUAGGUUCUUUUUUUGCUUGAAAAGCCUGAUUAUUCUACAGGGUUUUCAGCCAGUGUAAUUGUGAGUCCAAUCUGAAAAACAAAACUGGACCAGCCUGGGGUCCAGUUCCUUUUUCUUUUAAAAGUUUGCAGCAAAUGCCCCAUGCUUUCAACA